AUUUUAGUAAUUCUCUGCAUCUGCCUACCUACCUAGGUAUGGAAUCAAGUUCAUUCAAUACGGUGUAUUCGAGUUGUUUGCUUGAUCUACCACGAUAGAUGACUUUUCAUCAUCAGCAACAAUAGUCUUGACACAAUUAUGACAUAAAUUAUCAUGGAACAAAGAAGAUCAAACGCAGACCAAUCAUCCACAGCCAUGGAUCAAAAUCAUAGCCAAGACUCAGAUGAGCCAGCUCAAAAGAGGCGUAGAGUUGACGAUAAUGCUAAUGGCAACACUAAUGGAAAAGGUGUACGAAGGGGUAUGAAUAGAUCAGUAUCUCCACCUCCAUUGCGACGGUAUAGGAAGGAAAUGCCUAUUCAGGAGGAAGGGAGUCUGGAUCAGGAGGUGGAAAGUUAUAAGCAGACGUCUUCAAAAAAUACAAAGCAAAAAGUGGUAAAGUCACCAUUUCAGCUUACAAGUAUCCGAGAUCUACCUGCUUCAUCCAAUGUGGAUACUGUAUCACUAAGAGACAUUCUGGGUGAUCCUCUGAUAUCAGAAUGCUGGGAGUUCAAUUAUUUACAUAAUCUUGACUUUUUGAUGGAGCAAUUCGAUGAGGAUGUACGAAAUUUGGUCAAGGUCAAUGUGGUUCAUGGAUUCUGGAAGAGAGAAGAUCAAUCUAGGCUCAAUCUCAUGGUAUGUUGACUAUACUCGUCUCCGUCCACCUUGAUAUGGAGUCUCUGCAGUCUUAAUCCAUGUUUUUGCUGCCUUACUUGUUUCUCUAGAUCUAGGAAUUUAAAAGACGAAAUUGAUUGUCUAUGAAUACGAUGUUAUCCUGUGCUUCACCAGGCUUGAAGUCAGGAUCUUACUGAUAUAUUCUAGGAGCAAGUUUUGAAGUAUUCCAAUGUCAAACUCCUCACGGCUUACAUGCCUGAAAUGUUUGGGACUCACCAUUCAAAGGUAAUUCACCUCAGAUUUCACAAGUUCGAAAUUUGUUUACUAACUCCCUCAGAUGCUCAUUCUAUUCCGACAUGACUCUACAGCUCAAGUAAUCAUUCAUACAGCCAAUAUGAUCCCAUUCGAUUGGACAAAUAUGACACAAGCUAUGUGGAAAUCACCUCUUCUCCCUCUUCUCGACCCAGAAAAACCAAAUCCUAUAGAGUCGCAACAAAUAGGCUCGGGAUCAAAAUUCAAAAUUGAUUUACUCAAUUACCUACGAGCUUACGAUACCAAGAGGGCCAUAUGCAAGCCAUUGAUUGAACAGCUCUCAAAACAUGAUUUCUCCGAAAUUCGUGCAGCUCUCGUUGCAAGCACCCCAGGAAAACAAGACAUUGAACUCGACUCGACAGAAACAGCAUGGGGAUGGGCGGGUCUAACGAACGUCCUUAAAUCCAUACCUUGCAGUAAAACACAACCAGAAAUCGUGGUUCAAAUAUCUUCAAUAGCAUCUUUAGGUUCAACAGAUAAAUGGUUAAACCAAACAUUUUUCAAAGCCUUCAGUACAUCCAACCAUCCCAGUCCGAAACCAAAAUUCAAAAUCAUCUUUCCAACAGCCGAUGAAAUUAGAAGAAGUAUAAAUGGAUAUUCAUCAGGCAGCGCAAUUCAUACCAAGAUCCUCACACCAGCUCAGGGAAAACAAGUAGCUUAUCUAAAACCAUUGUUAUGUCAUUGGGCGGGAGACGGUGAACAACAUUCUUCAUCACAAACAUCAUCUACCUCAGUAUCGGCUACUUCUUCCAACACCUCCAAUACUGCCUCAUCAUCACAUAUGGUCUCCCCAUCCACGCUCCCACAAAACGCUCAUCGUAAACGUGCAGCUCCCCACAUAAAAACAUACAUCCGUUUCAGCUCCUCCUCUCACAAAACUAUAGAUUGGAUGUUAGUAACUUCCGCGAAUCUAUCCAAGCAAGCAUGGGGUGAAAAUACCAAUACGGCGGGUGAAGUACGGAUUUGCAGUUAUGAGAUUGGAGUGAUGGUUUGGCCUGAAUUGUGGGAUGAAGGGAAGGGGGCAAAGAUGGUGCCAUGUUUUGGGAGAGAUACACCUUCUAGACCUGAUGUAACGUCUGAGCUAGAAUAUACAGUAGCAGGUGAAGCAACGAGUGUAGCGGCUGGUGAUAACGAUGUAAGAGAGAAAGGAAAAGGAAGGGAAGAAAUCGAAAAGAAGAGCGACGAUGAUACAAUACUAAUAGGUGCACGCAUGCCCUACGAUCUUCCUUUAAUCCCAUACACCAAAUCCGAUAUCCCAUGGUGUGCAUCGGCUUCAUAUAGCGAACCUGAUUGGAUGGGAAAUACAUGGAAGACUUAAGAUGGAGUUUUCUACUCCGGUCUUCGAUCUCCGAUAUUCACCCUUUAGCUACCUAUCGUUCUAGGAGUAGGGAACAUACGGAUGAAAGUAAUUGGAAGUUAUGUAAGGAAUGUCUCGAGGAAAAUACAAUGACAAUUAUAAACGAGGUUGAGCUUUGGAGAUUUCCUCGAGCAGAGAUCGCAGCUGGAUGAUUAAAUAUAUAUAAUGAAGAUCUAGCUUUAAUAUUUCCUUGCUCUAAUAAUUAACAGUUUAUUAUCUUGCUUUAGUACUAUAUUAAUUUAUUUCAUUA